AUGGAAUUUGAUACAGCCGAACAUGUAAAGAAGUGCCCCCAAUGUCAAAUCCACGAAUCACUAAUCCGCACCCCCCACACCCUGCUCCAUAGUGUCGUCACCCCUUGUCAUUUCCAUAGUUGGGGGCUUGAUAUUAUUGGGAAAAUAAGCCCGACUUCAUUCGGACGAUAUAAGUAUAUCAUCACUGCAAUUAAAUAUUCUUCCAAAUGGGUUGAAGCCAUUCCACUUCGGGAUUACUCCGGUGCCACGAUCGCUGCAUUCAUCAAACAACAUAUCAUAUGUCGAUUCGGUGUACCUAUCAUUAUCCACUCGGAUAAUGGUAACUCUUUUGUUAAUCAAACGGUGAAAGAAUUAUUGGAUCAAUAUGGAAUCAAGUUUCAUACUUUGAUUGUCUACUACCCUCAGAGAAAUGUACGGGCAGAAGCGACUAAUAAAACAUUGCUAAGGAUAUUAAGCCGCAGCGUACAUGAUCACCAUAUGAGUUGGCAUGAACAGCUACCCCUCGCACUUUGGGCAUAUCGCAUUUCCAAGAGAAGUUCAACUGGCUCCUUUCCUUACUCCUUGGUGUAUGGAGAAGACGCAAUAUUGCCAGCAGAAAUUGUAAUUCCUUCCGCACGAGUAGCCAUGGCCAGCCUCACUACCCCGGAUCAGGUCAAUCAAUUUGCUCACCUUGAUACCCUAGAAGAACAACGAGCCAAAGUUGAACCUUUCACAGACAAGUAUAGGCAAAGGACGACAAGAUACUAUAAUCAGAAAGUAAAGAAACGGACUUUCAGCAUAAAUGAUGUAGUUAUGAAGAUCGCACCACAUGUCCAGCGCAAUGAACAGGAAGGAAAAUUUUCUGCAAAUUUGCAAGAUCCCUACGUGAUUAGCGAAGCUGCAGAAAUCGGAUAUUACUAUCUCAAGCGGGUGAAUGGCUCACGCAUCAACACUCCUAUCAAUGGUAAAUGGCUUAAAACUUAUUAUGAUUAA